AUGCUGAAAGAGGUGGUUACAAUGCCUAGCAGCACCACUAACACAGAUGAGAUGUUUUUCCUUGGAGAAGUUACUGAACAUGUGUCAGACAUAAUGGAUCAACCUGAUUCAGAAAAUAAGUGGCUCGUUGACUUACCUGUUAAUGGCAGCACUGUGAAAUUCAAAAUAGACACUGGGGCAGACGUCAGUGUAAUGUCACAGGCUGCAUUCAUGAGACUGCCACAGCGCUCCCGCCUGGUCACUGCAACGAAAGGACCCAUCACCAGCCCCGGCGGCGAAGUUAAGAGUAUUGGCAAGUUCCUGGCAACAAGUGAGUACAAAGGAGAAAAGUACAGAUUCUGGAUAACUGUAAUUAAAGGGCCAUACUCUCACAACCUCCUGGGACGGAGUGUUGCCACAAGAAUGGGACUGGUCAUGAGAGUAGACGGGAUGGACACUGUAAUGUUAAGUCAGGUGUUUGGGGAUAUCGGGUUGCUCAAGUGCGACCCUGUAAAAAUCGAGCUUAAAGCUGACUGUGAGCCCUACUCACUGACGACGGCACGUCGCAUCCCGUUCCCCCUCCUGGCUAAAGUAGAGGCUGAACUUAAACGCAUGCUGGCCCUGGGCAUAAUUGAGGAGGUUACAGCGCCUUCUGACUGGUGUACCCCGAUGGUUCCAGUAGUGAAAAAGAACAAGGAGCAAGUGCGAGUGUGUGUCGAUCUAAAGCGCUUAAAUAAGGCGGUUAAGCGAGAGAGGUACAUCAUGCCAACAUUGGAGGAUAUUGCUCCCAAGCUAGCUGGAGCUAAAGUGUUCUCUACCCUUGACGCCACCUGCGGAUUUUGGCAGAUCCCCUUGGAUGCUGCAAGCCAAAAGCUGACAACCUUCAUCACCCCAAUGGGGAGAUUCUGUUUCCGACGGCUGCCAUUUGGUAUCACAUCAGCUCCAGAAAUCUUCCAACGACAGAUGUCGACACUGUUAAAGGGUCAUGAUGGAGUUGUAGUAGUAAUGGACGACAUACUUGUUUAUGGAGCAACAAGGAAAGAACACGACACCCGUCUUGAUGCGGUGCUGAUGACCAUAAAGGACAGUGGUUUAAAGUUGAACAAGGCCAAGUGUCAUUUCGGCAAAACAGAAAUAAAGUACUUUGGCCACCUCAUAAGUGCAGAAGGCAUGAGACCUGACACUGAUAAAGUUAAAGCCAUCACACAGAUGCCAAGCCCAACCAAUGUUACGGAACUUAAACAGGUUCUAGGUCUUGUCAACUAUGUUGGAAAGUUCCUGCCUGGCCUCUCCUCACAGCUGCAUCCCAUCACUGCCCUGCUCAGGAAAGAAAGUGAGUGGGUGUGGAGUGAUGUUCAAGAAGCGGCGUUUGAGAAAGUGAAAGCUACGCUCGUGGCAGCACCAGCACUUGCAUAUUAUGAUGUUAACCGCAAGACUGUCAUCAGCGCCGAUGCGAGCAGCUACGGAUUAGGUGCGGCAUUAUUGCAGGAACAGGAGGGUGUGUUAAAGCCAGUUGCAUUCUGCUCCCGCACAUUGUCAGAUGCAGAGAAGAGAUACUCCCAAAUUAAAAAGGAGUGUCUUGCAGGGGUGUGGGCAUGUGAGCGCUUCGUUCGCUAUGUGCAAGGCAUGGAAAACUUCCUUUUACAAACAGACCACAAACCACUGGUACCCCUCAUAAAUACAUACGAGCUGGACAAAGUCCCUCCACGGUGCCAAAGACUCCUAAUGCGCCUACUGAGAUUCAAUAUUGUGGCUGAGCACGUCCCGGGGAAGCAGCUUAUCAUAGCCGAUGCUCUCUCUAGGAGCCCACUGACUGACAGUGGUGAUGAACACACUGACCAGGACGUUCAAGCAUAUGUGGAGUCAGUGGUAGAAAAUGCGCCUGUUUCAUCAGAAAAACUUGGAAAAAUCCGCUCCACUACACUAGAGGAUGAAGAGCUACAAAAGAUUGCGCAGUUCAUUAGGAACGGAUGGCCACCAAGGGCAUCGCUGUUUCCAUCCCUGCAUGGAUAUUAUUCUGCCAGAGCUCACCUCUCUGAGACCGAUGGACUAGUGUUGUAUCAAGAUAGACUGGUUAUCCCAACUGCACUUAGGUCAGAAGUGCUCAAACAGAUACACGAGGGACACCAAGGUCUAACAAGGUGUCGUGUUCGAGCUAGGAUGUCAGUAUGGUGGCCUCGUAUCAGUGCAGAGAUCACAACGACAGUGUCAACAUGUAAGUUCUGCAUUGAAAAUAGACGCACUCAAAGACGUGAACCGCUCCUCACCACACCUUUACCUGGGGGACCCUGGCAGCGCAUUGCUGCUGAUUUGUGCGAGAUAGAAAGACAGAAUUAUCUCAUUGUGACUGAUUAUUAUUCCAGGGACAUUGAAAUUUCCCACCUGUCUUCAACAUCCAGCCACCAGGUCAUUACCAGGCUCAAAGGCAUGUUUGCAAGAUGGGGGAUACCGCUGGAGCUGGUGAGCGACAAUGCCACACAAUUCACCUCGGGUGAGUUUCAAGACUUCUGCCAAAGCUAUGGGUUUGUGUAUACGACUACCAGCCCUCAUUACCCCCAAGCAAAUGGUGCUGUCGAGAGAGCCGUGCAGACCGCUAAGCGCAUUUUAAAGCAGCCAGACCCAUAUAUUGCUCUAAUGUGUUACAGAGCCACCCCUAGUGCUGUUACGGGGGUGAGCCCAGCUUUACUUAUGGCUGGAAGAGACAUUAGGACCACACUUCCUAUGUUGGAAGGAAAACUACAAGCUUCUCCUGUGGACAGACAUCAAAUCCAGCAGAAGGAUGCUCAGGCUAAAUCAGCCUACCGGUUCUUUCACGAUCGCCGUCACUCUGCUCUGCCACUUCCUGAUCUCCAAUCCGGGCAGGCCGUUAGAGUGAAAUUGGAUGGAGAAAAGGGGUGGAAAACGUCUGCUAAAGUCAUUAGCAAGUGCAGUGAGCCCCGGUCUUACAUCGUGAAGACAGAUAACGGUGCAGUGCUGCGACGCAAUAGAAGACAUCUGCAGGCAGUCCCGGAGCUGGCUGACUCUCCAGACCACCAGCAGCAGUCUGAGGGAUCUCCGCUGCAGCUGCACAGCAGCCCUCCUUCUGUGGCUAGACCCAGUCAUGGUGACCCUGCUUCUGUCCAGAGACUGAAAGAUUCACCUGUGGUGUGUUCACCACACCAGCCGUCCCCUCAGAGAACUGUUCAAGUGACAUCCAGAGGUCGUGAGGUCAGAGUACCUCUCAGAUAUAGAGACACUUGA